UUCACGUCUGCUAUCAUUCUUGUCACUUCGUCUGUCAUUGGUAUCUUCUGAACUUUCGCGUACAACAGGGGGCUGGUUUUUAUUUGUACUGAAUUCUAAUGGCGAGUCAUUCAUUCCGGGAAGUGGUAUAGGUGGUGGCAAAGGAGGAAAUCCUUGACCAAGAAAUAUAAUAAUUAUAUCAUGUCUAAGGUAAAGAAUGUGUAAUUAUUAUGAUGAAGAGCUUUACCCAUUGGCGACAUAGCCGCUGUUGGCACUCCAGGGAAAUUAUAAGCCAUUUUUCCUGACGUGAAUUUUGAAUAUUAUAAAUUGUUUUAAAUAUGCCGUAAUACGUAUAUAAUGAACGCCACAAUAAAAUAUUACUGAAAUAUUUCGACCCCUUGGAACAUCAUACCCCCGACAAAUUCAAUAUGGCAGAGCAUCGAUGAACGUUGACAAGAUAACCUCUUCUCCAUCGCCGUUUUGGAAUAAAUUUAAGACUUUCCUAGAAAUCUCAUAAACAUAAUGAAAAAGAAUAAGUCCACUCGUAUUAUCGGUCAAAAUGUGAUUCUAGUUCCGUAUAAGGAAAAACACGUUACGAGAUAUCACGAAUGGAUGAAAUCACCAGAGUUACAAUAUCUUACUGCCUCGGAACCAUUAACUUUGGCGGAAGAAUAUGAAAUGCAAAAAGAUUGGCUACUAGAUGAGAAGAAAUGUACUUUCAUCAUUUUAGACAAAUCGAUCUUCGAAUCGACAGGGGAUGAAAUCGCUGCUAUGAUCGGUGAUACUAAUUUAUUUUUUAAUGAUAUGGAAUGUAAAUAUACGGCGGAAGCUGAAAUCAUGAUAGCAGAAAAAGAAAAUAGGAAUAAAAGAAGAGGAGGGGAAGCUGUAUUACUUAUGCUUCGUUACGGUAUAGAUGUCUUGAAUGUAAAAAGAUAUCGAGUUAAAAUAAUGAUCGAUAAUGAAAAGAGUAUAAAUAUGUUUCGAAAGUUGAAUUUUCACGAGGUCGAAAGAAGUGAAAUAUUUCAAGAAAUUACCAUGGAAAAUAACAUAAAUCAAGAAUGGAAGGAUUGGUUGUAUUUAGAAACAAUGAAUUCUUUAAUGGAUGAAUGUUACAAUAUAAAUUGAUAUAAAUUGUAAUUACGAUUAUAUAUCCUUUUGCACAUUGUCCUUUCAUUAUAAUUUAACGUAAAAUAAAUGUAAUAUUAUAUAUA